UGUCUGUGGCCUUCCAGGUCCUAGCUCAGCAGCAACCGCUUAGUGUGGAGCCUGACACACAGCUGGGAAGAAGCAAUGAAGGGUUCUUUAGCAGGGCUGGGGAUGGAAUUCAGGGUCUGGCACACGCAAGCGCUCUUACCCUGAGCCACGCCAAUGGCCAGUCCUCUGUCUAUACACCUCACAGUGUGUGUAAAGGAAGAGAGGAAAGUGAAACAUUCAAACAGUAUACUUCCCAGCAAGGCCCCUAUUCUGGGAAAUGGUUUUAGAAGCCAGGCUGCAGCUUUAUGGAAUGAUUCGAGGUUAAGUAAACCAGUUUCAUAAUUCCGCUCCCGCCUCCAAGAGCCACCACAUUCCAGCCAUUGGCCCAGUUGGUGAAUGUUCCCAUUCUGCCCUGAUACUGGUCACAGUGCCCGCUGGACUGAUUGGAGGACUCUUGGAGAGAGAGGACAGAUAGGGCUUCUUCCCUGCCGACCACCCUAGCCACUUGGAUCUUGGAAGAGAGCACGGUAAUCCUUUCAGACAUCGCCGCAGCAAGUUAGAAGACAAGCUGCCUCAUAAGGACAUGGCUUUGGUACAAACUCCAACCCCGAGCCAUCAGACAUGGGAGGACUAUGAGGCUGAUGCUGAGUUGCUAAGUUCCCGAACUGGAGAAAGAAGGAGAAGAAGCGCAUUAGAAUGCUCUAUGCUAUCGCAGACCACAUUGACGAAAGCCACCAAAAAGCUACCAAGAUCAAAGUGGUGACAACCUCUGCGUCAGUUGCCUCUGGAGUCCUGAGUCUCCUGGGUUUGGCCCUGGCUACAACAACUGCAGGGGGAAGCCUGGUCCUCACUGCCGUUGGGCAUGGUUUGGGGGCAGUUGCCGGGGUCACCGACAUCGUGACCAAUGUGAGGAAAAACUCUCGCAAUAAAAGAGUCCUUGCUCAGGUCAACAGCAUCAUGCCUAACAGCGACCAGGAGCUGGAGGGGGUCAAGGGAGAGAAGACAACCUUUGUCACAGCCGCCGGUGAGCUUGUCUACAAAUGUGGGAGCGCCUGGGAUAACAUCAAAAAGCACCUCCGAGCCCUCCAGCUAACCAGAACCCAACCCCACGUCACCUCAGCUGCCAAAAAGCUCAUGACUGCCGGCCAAGUAUCAGCUCGAAGCAGCAGGCAGGUGCAAAAGGCCUUUGGGGGCACAGCCCUGGCAAUGACCAAAAAUGCUCUGAGGAUGGGACGUGCAGCUGCUGCCCUCUCCCUUGGCCAGGACAUAUAUACUCUCUGGGAGGACUGGAAGGAUCUGAAGGCGGCAAACCCAACAGAGCUUGCAGAAGAGUUAAGAGCACGGGCUGCGGAACGGGAGCGGGUGUUAGCUGAACACACCCGUCGCUAUAGAAAGCUGCAGAGACUCAGCAAAGAGGCCGCAAGGUCCUCUUUGAAAGGAAACAAGGUGACUCAGCCUCCAUCCUCCUCGACUGAGAAAGCAAGACUCCGGUGAUGGUGACUGACAGAUGAAGAGGAGCCUCAGAGACCUUGAGUCUUUGAGAUCAGUGAAGGAAGAACAGGGUGGGGGUGGAAGGCUGAUGGGGCAAUGCCUGUAACUCACAUACAGGGAGGUGCCACGGAGUUCCCUAGGGUGUCAGAAGGGAGAGAGAGCCCUGUCAGCCGCACUCUUGAGCCUCCCUUCUUCUUCCCUCUGACCCAGCCAUCACCACCACUCUCCUGGGAUCCCCCAUCACUCACUGUACAAGCCCCUGCUAAGCUUUAGACUGACACCGCUUCCUGCCAGCUUCCAUAGUAAUUAGCAAUGAUAAGCUGUGAGGGUCCCUCCCCCACCUCAACCUCUUUCAGUGCUCUCACUCAGUCUCUCAGUCGAGUGAGAACUGUUGGCUCAGAGCCAUGCUUGCACACAAAGGUUGUCACUGGAACCUGCUAGGCCAGAUUCCAGGGGAAGGAGAGAGUGAAGCCUGUGCCUCACCCCUUCUGCCUCAAGUCCUGAGCUGAUUGACUGCCCUGUCUUAAAAACCCUUUUGUGUGUCUCCAUUGCUGGUUUGAAAGUCACUUGUGGGUGCUAUAACACUUAAAAAGACAAAACAAAACAAAACAAACCCCCACACAGUCGGGGAAGGAAAGGCUAGGGAAGAAUGGCACAGGAGGUUUGGGACUGUGGCCCACCCACACAAGACUUCCUGCGUUCUUUCUUCUCAGGCUGUCCAGGUGCUGGCUGUCCACUGCUGUCAUCACCCAGGGACCUCCUUCCUAGUUCACUGUAGAAUUGAGCCCCUUAUCUCUAACCCUUGAUAAUUCCUCAUUUGCUGGCUGAUCUGAAUUUCCCGCCCUGCUCUCUGUAGUCCCCAGAGCUGCCCACCCUCACCACUGCCCGUGGAAUCUGUUGGCACAUAAGAGCCUUGGGCUGAGGGGUACCAUUGAGCAUACCGAGGUCAUAAGUUCCUGUCUCCACCUCAGGGGCAGGUAGGUAGUACCCUUGUGGGCUCUGCAGUAUGGAAGAGGACUGGGUAGGAGCUCAGGGUCCCCUGAUUGGUCAGGAUGAACCCAGAGGGAGGAGAAAGAAGAAAGGGGGCUGUUUGUACUUCCCUCUCCAGAGUGUUGGGGUUGCGACUUUUCUGACCCUCAUUGUAGUGAAAUAAACACUGGCAGAAGCUUACUUCUUGA